AUGGGAGAACCGAAGACCAUAUCAUUUUCUGACAUUUCCAAGAGAAAAUCUUUUGGAGUCUCGAACAAGCCAACGCUUUCGUCGAAUUAUCCAAAAGGACUCAACAAGCUGCACAAUGAAGAAAAUCAGAUUUUAUUAAGGCGUUAUACAACUAGAGAAUGAAUGAAACGGAGGGGCAAAGGGGUCUACGUUGACUUCGAUGGGAAUGAAAGGGCAGCUCUACGAACACUUUUUAGAGAGCUGGACACAGAUAAGUCAGGAGCUAUCAGUUCUGGUGAAUUUUUUGAACCUUUACUGGCCUUGGGACUUGUAGAAAAGAAAGACCAGGUAAAAUCAUUAAUUUCCAAAGUGGACACUGAUGGUUCUGGGGUAAUUGAAUUCGAAGAAUUCCUUCAAAUAAUAAAAACUGCCAAGGGCACGCAAGGAAAGAACUUAUUGCUUGAUUUUUUCAAGGAUUUGAUCAGUGGAAACAUUUAUCAGGAGCAUAAAGAUUUGCCUUUUAAGCUGCUGAUGUCAAAUAAAAGGAGAGAACUAAUGCUGCAGACCUAUCUUGGCGGAACUCCAAAUAUGAGAGAAAAAGGCCUAAAAGUGCUGCAUGCUUAUGCAAAUGAGCUAAAUGAAAAAGAAGAUGAAAAAUCCAAAACCGAAAGACUGAUUGAGAAAAAAACUACUCAUAUGAAAAAGCUGCUGGAAAGAAGAGAUGGGAUGAAAACUUUUAGAGAGGCAAGAUUGAGCCAGGACUCGGUGUUUUUAACAAAUUUUGUUGCAACACCAGCGUCAACAUCGAGAAGGACCAAUAAGCGUCAUAUAUUUCGAAAUUAA